AUGUCCACCCAAGAAUUCCACCGGGAUCGCCAUAUCAAGUUCAUUCAAGAGCUUGAUUCAAAGGUUACGAAGCAAACAUAUGAGUAUUGGCUACUGGAACACCUUCGGCUCAAUGGCUUGUACUGGGGUAUAAUGGCGUUGGCCACUGUCAACGCGUUGGAUGCGUUGCCUAGAGACGAGGUGAUACAGUUCGUUAUGGACUGCUAUGACACGGAGGAGGGUGGAUUCGCUGCUUUUCCCGGGCAUGAUGCUCACAUCCUCACAACGCUUUCAGGACUACAAAUAUUGUACAUCUACGAUAGAUUUGACGUCAUCGAGGGUGAAAAGAAAGAUAAGAUCCUUGAGUUUGUUAUGAACCAACGUUGCAGUGGUGGCUCUUUCAGAGGCGACAAAUUUGGUGAAAUCGACACCCGAUUCGUUUUCGCUGCUGUUUACAUUCUCAAGAUGUUGAAAGCACUCACACAAGAAAUUGCAGAUGGGGCGACAGACUUCAUUCUUCGUUGCAGAAAUUUCGACGGAGGCUUUGGCCUUCUACCGGGCUCCGAGUCGCAUGCUGCCCAGGCCUACACAUGUCUUGGAACAUUGGCUAUCUUGGGAAAGUUGGACAAGAUUGACAACAGAACGCCCAGUUGGCUCAGUGAGAGACAGGUUCUCCCGUCUGGUGGAUUCAAUGGUAGACCAGAAAAAUUGCCUGACGUGUGUUACAGUUGGUGGGUGCUUCUGAGUCUAUCAAUGUUAAAGAAAGCCCAUUGGAUUAGUUUCGAGCACCUCGAGAAAUUCAUUUUGGAAUGUCAAGAUCUAGAAAAUGGAGGUUUCAGCGACAGGCCAGACAACCAAACUGACGUCUAUCAUACAUGCUUUGCGAUCACUGGGCUAAGUUUGAUGUUUAGCAGCAAAUAUGGCAUGAAGCCCGUCGAUCCGAUUUACUGUAUGCCAGUGGAUGUUACUGACAGACUAUCUACAUAA